GGCUCGGCUGCCAGCACUUGUCGGCCGGCCAUGCGCCACCUCGGCCCCCUUCCCGCAGCUUCUUCGGCAGCCGCAACGAUAAAACCCAAGGAGCGCCAGCUGCUAGACCACUACUGCGGCUGCCCGGCGGGCACCGAUCUAGUAAGCUACAACUACAAGGCACACGAAGCUCCGAUCGAGAAACUACUGCGGCUGCCCGGCGGGCGAUCGAUCGAGCACGGCAUGUCGACCAACACCGGCUCCCAGCAGGCCCCCCAGCAGAACGCCGCCGCCGACAAGGGUCCGCAGCAGGCCGACACGGUGACGAAGACGGUGCAGACGGUGGAGGUGCGGUCGUCGGCGGGGCAGCCCGACGAUGAGGGCGUGCUCCAGCCCGUCAGGGUGGUGCACGAGAUCCCCGCCAAGGACGCCAAGAACAACCCCGGCGUCAAGCAGGACUAGCUAGCUAGCUAGCUGGCCUGGACCAUCGUUGGUAGAGUGUGUUUUGUGAUCUUCAGAGAUCCUUUUAAUUGUUUGAGACUACCGUCAGACAUGGAAGCAAAUCGGAACUAUAAUAUGGCUUUCCUUCAUGUUUUCUUUCCGGAAAUAAUACAGAAUAAACAAUAACUGUUGCUCGAUCUACGCGGCGUGCUUCAUUUGUAGAUGUGCGAUGAGCUUGUACUACUGCAGUCUGAUUUAGUUUGUUCAUAGCUGCUCUCUCGAUUCUAGAUUAUUAGUUAUUUUAUUUUUCUAGAUUUAUAUAUUUUUCUAUAUAUUUAUUUUGUAUAUUAUAUGUACGUGCAUUACAAAUUCUAUGAAUCAAGAAAAUUAUACUCAA